UGCGAGCUGCUAUUCACGCAUGCUCCACCAAAACACGACAAAAUCAACACGAUAGGCCUACAAAAUGUAGAUAGGCUACUUUCGAGGCCGCUGUUCGUUAUGUAAAACAACGAUAAAUGAAAACGGGGGCAUACAGCUAUACCUCAAUCAGACUGUGAAGGAUUGUUUCACUUUGUCCACGGACAUCAGGCGUUAAUAAUAUACAAUGGCCUACUGAAUCUUAUCAUCUAAUUUCUCAUGAUGUAGGCCUAGCCUACGAGAUUGCAAAAGGAACCAGUAUUUUGUUUGAGGGCAGUGCGCGUGACGCGACCAGGCUAACUACAGUAGGUUACGUUGACCAGUGACAUUCUGGAGUGGUUUCAUCCCCACCCCCUUCAGCUGUCACAUUGUAAUAACUGCUGCUACAGCCGCCUCGGCGUUGAUUUGACUGCGGAGCUUUACGAACCAUCUCCGGCGGUCCUUAUAGGAUCUCUGGUUUGAAAGACAGCUUUCAGCCAUUUUUAUCACCGGUAAACUUUCGUUGAGCCCAGAAACGUGUGUCAUUCUGAAUAAUGGUUUUAUGAAGUGACAAAGAAGCAUAAACAAAAGCCAAAAAACGCGAGGUUUGGAUAUAAAAGAGCUCUGCCUUUUAUUGACGCCAGGUUUCUGUUUUUGCACUGAAUUCUAGCAUGUGCUACAUGUGACGACAAGGAUGCGCGGAGCGUGGGACCAGCAGCAGCCCGGCUGAAUAACUGUGAGCCAGAGUCCGGGGGGGCAACAGAUGGACUCGCUGGGAAGACUGGAGCCUGCUGUCAGCCUGCCUGCUAGAGACACCAUGGAGCAAAGCUUCAGCUUCAACACGUUGAAGCUGGCGGCAGUACCGGAUCACACCGACGUGAGCCUGACCGCGGCGGAGCGCGUCCGUGCCCUCAGCAAGAUGGGCUACAACAUCGAGAUCAACGAGGAGGUGACGCCACGGCGAUACUUCCGCUCCGGUGUGGAGAUGGAGCGCAUGGCCGCUGUCUACCUGGAGGAGGGCAGUCUGGAGAACGCCUACGUGCUCUACAACAAGUUUAUUACUUUAUUUGUGGAGAAGCUCCCCAGCCACCGGGACUACCAGCAGUGUAGCGUGCCAGAGAAGCAAGUCAUCAUGAGGAAAUUGCAAGAAGUGGCUUUUCCACGGAAGGACCAGCUCAAGAAGCUUCUGCACGAAAAGUACAGCAAAGAGCACAGCGAGUACUUGAAGCGACAGAGCCAGGUGGCGUGCGCGGCGCAGCAGGGCUGUGACGAGCGUCUCCAGCGCCUGUCUCUGCUGGAGGAGGAGCGCCAGCGCGUGCAGCACCUCCGCCGCAUGCAGAUCGAGUCCGAGCAGUUCCGCUACUUCGAGGACCAGCUGCGGCGCCAGGAGCUGGCCAGCCGUCGCCAGGACGAGCCCGUGGCUACGGCGACGGCCGCGACCGGUGCGUCCGGCAAGGUGCCUGAACAGACGGACGGCUCGUGUCUCUCGCACGGCACCAAGAACCACGUACGCUUGGACCCCAACCGCAACAAGAGCCCGGCGGCAUCCGGCACCGGAAACAACGCCGUGCCUCAGGUCAAGCCGGCCGCCACCUUAGCCGCAGUGCAGAAUCAGCGAGUAGAUGGUCUGAGGCGCGUGCUCGUGCCCAGGGACCUGACGCACCGGUUCCUUCUACUGGCCGACAGCAACACGGCGCGGGGCAUCGAGACAUGUGGGGUGCUCUGCGGGAAACUGACUCAUAACGAGUUUGUGCUGACCCACGUGAUCGUCCCCAAGCAGUCGGCCGGGCCAGACUACUGUGACAUGGAGAACGUGGAGGAGCUCUUCAACUACCAAGACCGCCACAGCCUGCUCACACUGGGCUGGAUCCAUACCCACCCGACCCAGACGGCGUUUCUGUCCAGCGUGGACCUGCACACACACUGCUCCUAUCAGCACAUGCUGCCCGAAGCCAUCGCCAUUGUCUGUGCUCCCAAGCACAAUGACACAGGAGUGUUUAGACUCACCAGCUCGGGGAUGGGGGAGGUGGCCGGCUGCAGACUGAAGGGCUUUCAUCCGCAUUCAAAGGACCCACCUCUAUUCACUAUCUGCAAACACGUUGUCGUGAAAGACACCAAGACAACGGUACUAGACCUCAGAUGACAGGGGAGCCGGAGACAAGAACCUCAUAACGCAGUGAACAUGACCGCAAGCUCUUUUUUGCAGAGGCCGACCGGUCCUAUUUUUAUCUCUGUUUACAUGAAGGCUUUUGUAUCUAUUUAUUUUGAACUGAAGUACUGUGGAUUUGCUUCUUUUUUUUUGCCGCCCUGAAUGUUGUGAAGACGUUUUGAUGCCGGUGCCCUGGAGUUGUUCUGAACUUGUGUUGUUUAAUAUAUUUUUAUUAUUAUUUUGGAGGAGGGUACUUUCUCUUACUCCUUACUAUGCUCUUAAAUAGUUUGUUAAUAUAAUCCGUGAGUACAUCCACUAAACGAAACC